AGCGACGGCGGCGCCUGGCGCGGGCGGGCGCGCGGGGCCGGGCCGGAGCGGGCCGGGAGCCGCCAUGCCCCGGGACAACAUGGCCUCCCUGAUCCAGCGGGUGGCGCGGCAGGCGCGCAUCACCUUCCGCAGCCCCGCGGGGCCGGCCUUCGGGGAGAACCUGCACCGGCUGCAGCAGCUGCUGGACGAGGUGCGCGCCGAGGACCUGCACUUGGCGCCGCAGGGGCCGGCUCCGGCGGCGGCGGGGUGCCCGCGGGCCGGCGCCGUGCCGCCCGUCAGCUACAUGCACAUCUGCGAGACCGAGAGCUUCAGCAUGGGCGUGUUCCUGCUGCGCGGCGGCGCCUGCAUCCCGCUGCACGACCACCCGGGGAUGAACGGCAUGCUGAAGGUGCUGUACGGCACGCUGCGCAUCGCCUGCAUGGACGCGCUGCCCGCCGCCGCCGCCCCGCCGCCGCCGCCCGCCCCGGGGCCGUGCCUGCGCGCCCUGCUGCGCUCCCGGCAGCACUACACGCCCGCCUCGCCGCCCUGCCUGCUCUCGCCGCACAGCGACAACCUGCACCAGAUCGACGCCGUGGACGGCCCCGCCGCCUUCCUCGACAUCCUGGCGCCGCCCUACGACCCCGAGCACGGCCGGGACUGCCACUACUACCGCCUGCUGGAGGGGCCGCCGGCCGGCGCCGAGCCCGCGCUGCCCAGGGAGGUGUGGCUGCUGGAGACCGCGCCGGCCGCCGACUUCUGGUGCGGGGGAGAGCCCUACCCGGGGCCCCGCGUCUGCCCCUGAGGCGGCGCCCGCCGCGCGUCGGCCCUCGGGACCGGACGGAACGCUGCGGAGCGCC